AUGCAAUCAAUACAAAAGCAGUACCUGCGCACCAUCCUUCGUCGCUCCUAUCCCAAGUCUUGGCUCACUCCCCGUAUCAUUCGCGACCGUUACUACUCUACGACGUCAUCGAGUUCUCGUCUCCAACACAGCUCCAAGCCUCUUCAGCCUCGGCCGCAACACCUAAUCUUCUCUUCACCCCUCACCACCCAAACCGCAAGAAUGUCUUCCGCCACCUCUUUCUUUGAAUUUGAGCCCGUUGACAAGAAGGGCGCUCCCUUCCCCCUCAGCUCCCUCGACGGCAAGGUCGUCCUCGUCGUGAACACCGCCUCCAAGUGCGGUUUCACCCCUCAGUUCGAGGGCCUCGAGAAGCUCUACCAAACCCUCAAGGCCAAAUACCCCGAAGACUUCACGAUCCUCGGCUUCCCCUGCAACCAGUUCGGCGGUCAAGACCCCGGCUCCAACGACGAUAUCCAGUCCUUCUGCCAGCUCAACUACGGUGUCACUUUCCCCGUGCUCGGCAAAAUCGACGUCAACGGCAACGAGGCCGCGCCCAUCUUCUCCUGGCUCAAGGAGCAGCAGCCCGGUGUUAUGGGUCUGAAGCGCAUUAAGUGGAACUUCGAGAAGUUCCUUGUUGGCGCUGAUGGCAAGGUUGUCUCCCGCUACUCGUCUUUGACUAAGCCCGAGGGUCUCCAGGAGACUAUUGAGAAGGAGAUUGAGAAGGCCAAGAAGGCCGGUACUCUUGCUUCUUCUAAGCAGUAA